GAAAAUAGGCUUCCAUGGAAUUUACAAAUUUCAUCAAUGCGUUCAAUGUUAGCAGUACCUCUUCGCAGGCUGUUUCAAGAUAUUAUGUCACAUGGAGAGAGGUCAGUUUACCGCCGUGAUAAAGCCGAGAUUAUUCUUAAUCUUUUGAGAUUAUAUCGGACUGAUCCUAAACUCGCUAUUAUGGGUAAAGAAUCUCGCGACCAAUCAAAGGAUAAUCAAUCAAUAAUUCUUGCUAUCAAUGAUUGCUUGAAGGAUUCAAAU